AUGGCCGGAAUCGUCAGUGAGAUCGGCUUUCUCAUCUUCACCUUCGGGGUGGUGCUCCCUGUGGCAUUCUUUAUGUUCUACACCGCCUAUUCGGUAUUCCCCAUUCUCGCUGCAGUCGAGGACCUCGACGCCUCCAUCUACGACAGCAUCAGCAUCGUCGUCCCCCGCGUCGCCGACGAGUCUGAAGGCCCAACCCGCCUCGGCAAAGAUGGCGGCGCCAAACCCCUCCCCGUCAGCACCAGCCUCCGCUCCCUGACCCGGCUGCUCUACUCGAGCAGACGGUGCUUCCCCUUCUGCCGCGGCUACGGCUGGUUCUUCCUCUUCGGCGUCGUCAAGAGCCUCGCCCUCGGCGUGUGCGUCAAGUCCCCCCUCCUCGGCUUCCUGGCCCAGAUCCUGCUCCCGCUCGCCGCCACGCACUUCCACGCGCUGUGGGUGCACUCGGUCCUCUCCACGUCGUCGAGGACCAACGGCCUCCAGGGCCGCGCUAUGGAGGCUGGAAGGCUCUUCAGGACCGCGGGACCCGCCAUGGCGCUGUAUCUGACGUCGGAGGCCGUGGUGCAGCGGAUCGUUCUGCAGUACUACAAGGCCGUCGGCAUGAAGUGGGAGGACUUCUUCCCGGUGAUGGGCCAUUUCCACAAGUCGUUCCUUUUCUGGAUGCUUCUCGCCUUUCUGACCUUUGUCAUUGUCGUGCCUGCGUACGUGGUUCUGGUGCGCGCCGAAGCCUCUCUGCUGCCCUCCGACGAGCAGACCCUCGUCCCGCUGGAUCCUGCUCUGGAGGGCAUCUCUGGAGAAGGGGUGAUGGCUCUGGUUGGGGCGUGGAGGUCCUUGACUCGCCCGAGGAUUGUCAACGUGGCAUUCCUUUAUGUUAGGAUGUUCAUCAUCACCGUUCCUGUCACGUUUGUGCUCGGUUAUAUGGACUUUGCGUGGUGGCUUGUGCUGGCUAUGAGUAAUUGGCAGUUUUAA